AUGAAGAUCAAAGGUCUUGUUCACUUUGUUUAUGCAAUCUACUUGGUUUCUGUCCUGUUGGGUAUCCAAGGACCUGUACACGGACGGCUACUCUCACUGAAGAAACCCGACCCGGAAAAUGCUGCUGCCACUGCUCGUUGGUUGGUCUCUCAGAAUUCCUGGGGUGUCUUAAAUACUAUCUCAAGCGAAUUGGGAGGAGCACCUUUUGGGAAUGUGGUCUCGUUUAGCGAUGGAGAACCCGGAAAAGGCAGGGGUAUCCCAUACUUCUACUUGACAACUCUGGAUCCCACUGCAAGAAAUGCACGGAAAGACCAGAGGGCUUCGUUGACAAUUAGUGAACAUCCUAUUGGAACCUGUGGGAAGACAGACCCUGAGAACCCCACUUGUGCAAAGAUUACACUUACAGGAAAGUUGAAGCUUGCUGAUAAAGAUUCCAAAGAAACAGAGUUUGCUAAGAAUGCCUUGUUCUCAAAGCAUCCAGAGAUGAAGGAUUGGCCCAAGAAUCACAACUUCGAGUUCUUCAAAUUAGACAUUGAGAACAUCUUCUUGAUUGAUUGGUUUGGUGGUCCAAAACCUCUCACAGUGGAUCAAUACCUUCACACCCGAACGUGA